AUGACCACCUCGAGCGAGGAAGUCCAACGCUUGCUUGCCAACCUCGCGAGCUAUUCGUCCCAAAGUCACAAUGCUCAUAAUCAAACUACGUCUAGGGAGACCUCAAGUAGUGUUCCAUCAUUCUCAUCAAGCUUGCCUGGACUAGGUAGUCUUGCUCCAGAGGCAUACCAAGCCGCGCUCUCGAAACCGUCUACUCCGAGUCCGGCGUCGUACCAGACUCCAAGCACUUCACUUCACCCAGCGUCCUCGUCGCUAGGUCAGACCAUUGUAGGUAGUCGACAGAACACGGCAUCGCCGGCAUCUAAGCCUGCCAUUAAACUACCGGUCCCGGAUGCUUCCUCUAUCACCGACUGGCCGACCGCCAUCCGUCAUGUAAUGCAACACCUCCUCCCCAACCCUGACUUCGGCACCCGCAUUCGCCAUCUGAUCACGACUCAGCACCAGUACGAACAGGACUGGUUCACGAAACGCUCCCUCAUCACCGACCGCCACGCCUCGCGGGAUACAUCCUCCGCACAACUCAACAACAUCUUCGCCAACCUGGGCAUUCCUGUGCCUGCUGCCAAAGCCGCUGCUACUGCCACAGGUCGCGACACCGAAGCGGAGCAGCGCGAGCUAGCGGAGUACGAUGCGAAGGUAUACAAGCAAUUGUUGGCGCUGGUCGGGGAUUUCGAUCGGCAGCUGAGGCAGCUCGGAGUGCCAUUCUAUGCGAUCAGGCAUGAGCUGGUGAUUUUGGAGGAAGGUAGGGAGAGGGAUGCGUUUGUGGGCAAGGUGAGGAGGAUUGAUCGUGGAGAGUUGAGGGAGUUGCAGAGAAGGAUGUUGGAGUGGUUGGAGAUGAGUUUUCCGGAAGAUGCAUCUUGA